GAACUCUCAUUUCUCUCAUGCAUAAGUUGAAAUUGUGACCUUGGGCUAAGGUCGGUUUUUGUCUGUUAUAUUUUCUGCAUCUUCGUUGGCAGGGACAUCACGUCUUUCAAAUCUCGUUAUUUUAGUGCUCACUAAUUUCACUUGUCCAAUGUAAGUGUUUGUCUAACAACAGCAACAAACACCUACCUUGUCGGUGCCUAUUGUUUUGGUUCAACAUCAUAGAAUUAUGAGUCACUCAACUGCCUACUUUUUGGUUGGUCAAAGUUCUCACUGUGUACCACCCAAGAAUACCGUACCACAAAAAAUGUUCGGAUACUUAUUUCAUUUUGUCCUGGCAACAAUUUUAAGUACUGGCUUGACGGAUGCCAAUAAGAGUGUGUAUAACCAAUUCGAUGACUAUUUUGCACUUCAAGAUGAACAGUUCCUUCCUUCUGGUUCUAUGUUAUCAGAGUCAUCAUUACCCGAUGAUAUUAUCCUGGACGAUACUUGGCGAUAUAGACCAUUUCCAGGAAUACAAGUGCCCGUUGUCCGAUCACCGCAUCCAACUUUUGGAUCACCUUGGCCAUUACCACAGUUUUGGUCAUCAUCGUUUUGUUAUCAUAAUCUGGAUUCGGAAAACUUCAGUUUCAAGUUAAACCAGAUUUCAAAUGAUAUUUUGAAAUCGGCCAUAAAUCGAUAUACCUAUAUCAUACAAAACAAACUUGGCUUCGGUAUCUAUCCAAAAAUUUGGCAACAUGAUGAUUACAAAUUACCCGCCCAUAAUUUUGAAAAUUAUGAGUUGAAAUGCAAAAGAAAUACCGCAAAAAGUCACCAGUAUGACAGUAACACAGUUAAAAAUACCUAUAAGAUCAACAAAAUGAAGAACAAGAAUCAUAUGCCAUUUGUUUCACCCCGUUCCUAUGCUUCCUACCGUCAGUAUAUUUCAGGACAAAUAAGUCGAUUAAUCACAAAAUACAAUUUAUCUUCAUUGAUUAUGCCAUAUAGGGGGAGUCAAAAGUUUGCUUUAUUACAUGUUAUAAAAUCUGGUUCAUCCUGGCCUCACAUUGAUAUGGAUGAAUCGUAUAUUUUGGGUGUUUCAGAAGACGGGAUUCUUAUCGUCGCCAACGAAACUUGGGGUGCUUUAAGAGCUUUAGAAACUUUGAGUCAGUUAAUGUGGACUUCAGGAGAUCAGUCAUAUGUUUUUAUUAACGAAACUUACAUUGAAGAUUUUCCACGAUUCAAACACCGUGGGCUAAUGCUUGACACUUCUAGGCACUAUAUGAGUAAAUCUGUAAUCCUGUUAAACUUGGAGGCCAUGAGUUACAAUAAACUGAAUGUCUUUCAUUGGCAUAUUGUGGAUGACCAGUCAUUUCCAUAUCAAAGUCAUGCAUAUCCUGAGCUUUCAGCCAAAGGUGCCUAUCGAGAAGAUUUGAUCUAUACUUCAAAAGAUAUUAGUGAAAUUUUGGAAUUUGCGCGAUUUCGCGGUAUUCGAGUUAUUCCUGAAUUUGACAUACCAGGCCAUACUCGAAGUGUCUCUUUAUCACAUCCAGAAAUUAUGUCGCAGUGUUCGCAAAAGACGGGGUAUUUCGGCCCGCUUAAUCCAGCCUUGAACAGAACAUAUACAUUUUUGGAAAAACUACUCAGUGAAGUUUUUGGCUUAUUCGUAGAUGAAUACAUACACCUAGGUGGUGAUGAGGUGGAAACUGUAUGUUGGAAAAAUGAUCCUCACAUCAUACAAAGUGAACAACAUUCUACUCAAUUCAGUCCUACAUUUUGGAACAAUUACUUUUGGAGGCGGGUGCAGAAUUUAGUUACUGGAAUCGGUAACACUAAUCCUGAUUUAAGACGAAAUUUAAUUGUCUGGCAAGAUGUAUUGAAUCAUGUCACUGAGGUUAAGAAGACUUCAUUGAUACAGGUUUGGAGUACUUUACCAACAUCGUAUUUAUCUCAAGGGCAUAAUAUUAUAUACUCCACCUGUUGGUAUUUAGAUUCACUCAAUGAUAUAAAACGCUGGACAGAUUUCUAUUUGUGCGAUCCAGCUAAUGAUGCUCCGAUAAACACUGAACAGCAGAUUUUCGGUGGUGAAGCUUGCAUGUGGAGUGAAUACCAGUCGGAUUAUACAGUCCUAAUGAGAAUAUGGCCGACUACAAGUGCUGUCGCAGAACGCCUCUGGAGUCCUCGGGAUACAGUUGACUUGGUCUAUGCUGGUCCACGUAUUGAAGAACAAAGAUGUCGUUUAAUUAACCGUGGUAUACCGGGUGGUGUUCUCCUAGGUCCAGGCUAUUGUGAAGGCCGGAAGCCACAGACAUCUCCAUGGGAUAUCAGUGAAAUUGUUUUGGAUGAGCAUAAAAACAUCAAACCUGCUGUUAAAUGGAAUCCGCAUAGUAAUAGUUAUGAUUAUGAUGUGAAUAAUAAUAACAAUAAUAAUAAUAAUAAUUGUCAUACAACUAAAAGCAUCGAUACUUUUCAUCUGUGGAUUAGCGGUAUAGAUUUUCUAAUUGGUAUUUCCAUUGGUAUGAUAAUCACUUUUUUAUUGCGUAAUCGUAAUUUUUCUCCUUUUCGUAAAUUCAGUCGUAGUCUAAUACCGAAAUAUGCAGUAGUUUUGAUCAUUGCCACUAUUUUAAUAUUGAUGAUUUACCUUGAUCGUAAAUAUUCUACACUGUCAACUGUCUGGAAUGGGUAUUAUUAUCCUCAUCAUUAUGACAGUAAUAAUAAUAAUUAUAAUGUAAUGAAAGAUAGAGGUUAUCACAGACGUCGUGGCUAUAAUCCAGCAAGUUAGUAGUUGUGUGUCUCUUUCUUCGAGUGUUUGUAUUUUUAUUUUUUUCGUUUAUGUAUUUAUUUACUUCUGGAUGUUUUUGUUUUUUUUUCGUCAUAUGCGCAUGCCCUUAUAUAUACUGACUUCAUUUUUGUAAAUAUACUUUUCUGCGGACAAUUUAAAUUUACAAAUUGUGAUGCUUUUACCGAUUCCUUUAUUUUGUCUUUUUUGUCCUUCUUGUUGAGUAUAUAUUUAUAAAAUUGAAAAUCUUAUUAUUAAGUAGUAUGAUUAAGGCAACUGAAAAAGCUUAUUUUAAUAAACAAGUCAGAUAACGCUUAUUUUUCCCUGGAUAUUCAACCUUUUUUCUUAUUGCUCUGAAUGUUGUUCUUUUUUUUUCGUUGUUGUCGAAGAUAUUCAGUGUGAGAUUGCACUUUUUUACCCAUGUAAUAUUCUCUCUAUUACCUAUUACUUUAAAGUAAAUCUGAUUGUCCACGCUAACCAUAUCCCUGUUAUUAUUAUGAUUAUUUUUCCUGGAGAUAUAUGUACUAUUCUCCUUGUUUUACUGUUUUUAUUUUACUUUCUUCAACUAUUUCCAAAAAAAAUGGACUAAUUUUUAUCGUAUGCUUAUUUACAGAAAACUGAAUCUCUCAUCUCUCGUUUUAAUGACUAUUUGUGAAUUGAUUGAAUAAAUAAGAACCAGUGUGUGUGUGUGUGUUCUACUGGUUUUAGUUUAUUUUAUUUCAUUUUAUUCAAUUCCCCAAGAUUAUGUUGUGUUUGGUUCUACUUGCGGUUGAUGUGUCGUAUCUUAUAGAUAUCCUUAGGGGAAGGACAAUAACAAGCCACCAGCUAUUAUAGUUUUGUUCUCAUUUUCAAUUACAAAACUAGCGGUGUUGUUGUUGUUGCUGUCGCUUUCACAUGCAUUACAAAUUUUCUUUGAUCUCAGCCAUUUAAAUGACUUUUUUUUUUAAAAAUGUACUUCUUUAUGUCGCUGUCAUCAUAAUAUUACUUUUAUUGUGACAUUUUCCCUUGGUCGUUUGUUUCUUUUUCCCCCUAGUUUAUUUCCUAUACUUUCUUCAGUAUAAAUUUGCAGAUUUAUAGAUUGAAAAUUGGGCAUUUUCUUUUGUUUUAUUGAUUAAUAUUUAUCGUCAAAUCAGGAGAUUGUGUGCUGGAAGUGUUCCAUGUUGAACUAUUUAUCUUUUUGUCUUGACAUAAUAUGCAUCAAUGUAUGACUCAUUGUGGAUAUGUAACUAUUUUAUCUUUGAAAACUUUCCUAAACUAUUAUGAAAGCUAAAAAGAAAAAGAGAAAUGUUUACAUUAAAGUGAUACCUUGAAA